CUUCCGCAUUCCUCCGGCAGACAGGUGCAGGUUUGAAAAGAGGGCGGGGCCGUCCGUGGAGCCCGCGUGCGCUUCCGUCUCCGCGUUGCUACAGUAACGGCGGGACGGCUCCGCUCGGAUUCCUGCACUGCGGUCCGGUUCGCCUGGAAGCAGAGCUUCUUCAGCCUGACGCUCGGUUCCGAGCCCGCCCGAUCCGCCCAGCAGACCUGAACCGUGCAGCAGAGCAGCUUCCAAACCGCCGCGCUCGACGUCUGUUUGCAUGAAGCCACAGUUUCCUCCACCAGGAGGCGGUUGCUAAGAGAUGACGGAGACGCUCCUCCAUCCUAACACUUGAGGAAAAGAUGUCCGCUUUCACUCCACGCGCCAGCGGCGCCGCGCCACUUCGCACCUCACGGCGAAAGCGAGAAAGCGGCGAGAAAAUGCUCCGAAUAGUCCGGGAAAAGAGCGUCAGCGGAGACUUGGGACAGGACGCCAUCCUGGAGAAGAUCCCGGAGUUCUUCCAGAUGUGCGACCUGGAGAACAAGGGCUUCAUCACCCGGCGGGACAUGCAGCCCCGCUGAGGUUCGCAGUCUGUGGGCUCAGCUGCGCCGCGACGAGCCUCAGCUCCUCUCCAACUUUGAGGACUUCCUGGCCAGAGUGACGUCACAGAUCAUGAAGGCCAACCAGGAGAAGAAGGAGAUGGAAUGUGCUCUGAAGACGAAAGCAGCAAAGCACCACGACGAGAUCCAGCGGCUUUACGAGGAGAUGGAGCAGCAGAUAAAGACGGAACAGGACAGGAUCGUUCUGCAGGACUACGAGCGGUUUCUGUCUCGCAGUCGGGAUCUGGAGCUGCAGCUGUCCAGCAAGGAGAAGGAGCUGGAGCAGCUCUUCCAGAAGCAGAGAAAGCUGGAGUUUCAGUGCCAGGAGCUUCACGGGAAGCAGCACGUGACCACGGUGGAGAACAUGAAGCUGAAGCAGUCCAACGACGAGCUGGAGCGAGAGCUGGAGCACGUCAGCCAGAAGCUGCUCUUCGCUCAGGAGCAGCUGAGCUUAAUCCAGGAGCAGUCAGCCCGACUCCACGAGGAGAAGGAGAUGGAAGUCUAUCGUGUGACGGAGGGUCUGCACAGAGACCGGGCGUGUCUUCUCAAACAGCUGGACCUGCUGAGAGAAAUGAACAAACAUCUGCGAGAUGAGAGAGACAUGAUCCGUCAGAAACCGAGGAACUCUGUGAGAAGAGCGACUGCAAAGCAGCGCCCGCCAGUGGAUGAGCCGAAACUGUCAAACGCAGAAAUCCACCGAAGUGAGGAUGAGCAGGCGGAGCCUCUGACCUCCUCCCGGCGGAGCUCAAAGCUCAACUCGAGUCUUUCCGCCACGCCGGGACAGCAUCUCCAGAGGAUCAUCUCCAUUGAGGAGGACCCGCUCCCUCAUCUGGUCAACUACCGGUCCCCUCACAACUCUCUGCAAGAGUCCGACGGCGAGGACGACCCGCGCGGCGAGGACGACUUGCGCAGCGAGGACGUGGACGACUCGGUUUACACAAACACCUCGGCGGAGGAAAACGGGCCGAUCCCGACCUCUCCGAGGGUCCAGCCUGUCGGCAAGGAGACCAGCAUAAACGAGGAAAGCGCUCCUUCAACUCCCGACCGCCUCUUCAAGGUGGUCCUGGUGGGGAACUCCAGUGUCGGGAAGACCUGUUUCCUCCGGAGGUUCUGUGACGACAGCUUCCACCCCGGGACGUGCGCCACCGUGGGAGUUGACUACAGUGUGAAGACGUUAACUGUGGACAACAGCCAGGUGGCGCUGCAGCUGUGGGAUACAGCAGGUCAGGAGAGGUAUCGGAGCAUCACCAAGCAGUUCUUCCGGAAAGCGGACGGCGUGGUGGUGAUGUACGACGUGACGGCGGAGCAGAGCUUCACCGCCGUCAGACACUGGCUGACCAGCGUGAAGGAGACAGCCACUGAAGACAUUCCCAUCAUGCUCCUGGGAAACAAAACGGACAAAGAGGCGGAGAGAAAGGUGGAGAGGAGCAUGGGUGAAAGACUCGCCAAGGACUGUGAGCUGAGAGUCUUUGAAUGCAGCGCCUUCUCCGGACACAACGUCCUGGAAUCCAUGGUUUACUUGGCCAGAGUUCUGAAGGAGCAGGAGGACCAGGAGAAGGAGAAGACGGUGCUGCUGCUGGAUGGACCGUCAGUGAAGAAGCGGUCCUGCUGCUGAAGCAGCUGCUGCGACCGUCUGCAGCUGCUGCUGCGUCCGUCUGCAGCUCCGUCUGACCAAACCAGCUUUCUUCGCACUACUGUAAAUACUGGAGUAUCUAAAGAGUUUUGAAUUUGUGAAGGAUCUUUAAUUGACGGGAAAAGUACUUUCAACUGGAUGACUUUGGAUUUUUAGACCUUUUUAGUUCAUUUCAAGACAAUCACCCAAACUGAUGUUUAUCCAUUUACUGCAUCGCUGUGACUCGACACUCACGUGUUUGUUUUAAACUUUUGUUGUUUCGCUGUUUGUUUGUUCAGAUGAACACUACGACUUCAGACUCUGGAAAUUCAACGUUUGUUCUAUAAAUUCAUGAAGGUCAGUUUUAACAGAUGUUUAUUUAAUUAUGUGAUCAACAGAAAAACUUAGAUUAUUUAUGGGGUUUUGUGACGCCACCAUUUAAAAAAAACAAACAAAAAAACAUUUAGCACUUUGUAGAACUACUUUUCUUUGGAAAAAACACCCUGACAGAACUGAAAAACGUGAUUCAUAUUUUGUAAAUUAAAUUGUAUUAAAGAGAGGGAUUUUGGUAGAUAAAUGGAGUAGUUUUAUUUCAAAUGAAAAGCUUUCAUGUUCUGAUUCAUUCAUGUUGUUUCACUACUGACACCAACACGCUCGUCACUUUAAUGUAUUUGUUCAACUAUGUACUAAAAAUAAACGUUUGUACUUAAAAGUGAAAA